AUGUCCCCUCUUGGCCAUACAGCGGUAAACUACGUAGCGGAUCCUGUAUCAAAAGGGUUCCCUCGCGCUACUCCAGCUCAAAUUGUUCAAUGGCUGACCUGCGUAGGCUUUCCCGAUGCGUAUUCUGAGGUUUACAUAUCCUCAGGAGUGUUUCCUGUGACGCUGGAUAAUCUUCACAUCCUUACCCGUCUUUCUACCAUUGCCUUUCCCAUCAAAAAUGCCGCUUUGCACUAUGGGACAGAUCACAUCAUUGAUAUCUCGCCGUGCUACAAUGCCAAAAUUUAUUCCUAUUAUUCUCGGGCAUAUUCGGGCUCAGGCAAAAUCAACGAGGCCUUGGAACCUCGCGAAACUCCCGAGCAUCUUUCGUUCGUGCACAUGGUGCUAUUCGUUCAGCCCAUUGACGGCCCCAAUGAGACUUACCUCGUGGAUGUUGAAUGUGGCGGGAACGGUCCUUCUCGACCUAUUUUGCUCUCUUGUGAUCCACAUAAUGUCGUGGUGGGUGUUUCCCCGACUGAAAACCAUCGUCUUACGAGAGGCUCUCGGGCUGAGUCGAGUCCCGAUUCUGGCCCUGAGGAAACGGAAUGGCGCCUUGAAGUGCUGCGGGAGAAGGGACUGGGCUCCAAGUGGAAGAUCGUUUAUUCUUUCCUUGAGGACGACAGGUUACAUGGCUACGAACUUUGGAGUAACUUCCGGUUGAGCGUGGAUGAAGCUCGGGCGUUGGGAUUGGUAUGUGAAAGGCGGUGUUAUUAUCCGGCAUAUCGGAAGUCGCUCAGAGAUGAUCAGGACCGCAACAACGGAGGUGGAACGGAGAAAUAUCUCGAGGGAACCGUGCGACAUAAGAGAUCCCUAUCGAGGAUCUGGAAAAUAUACGAGGAAGGUCCGCUGCUGUGA